AUGGCUAUCAUAGCAGCUUUCUCUAUCUCUACGCUUCAUUAUGUUGCCUAUACAUUCCCUCUUCUACUCUUAGUUUACCUUGCUCAAAACUAUUUCUACAAUUCACUACACAUUUUUCCUGGGCCUUUCUGGGCGCGCCUAUCUGAUAUUUGGCGAUACCUCGACGUGAGGGGUCGACGCCCUGAGCUCACUCAUAUAGCCUUGCAUCGCAAGUAUGGCGAUAUCGUGCGCCUAGGACCACGCACUUUAUCCUUUGCAGAUCCGAAGGCGACGAAGGUGAUCUAUGGCUUAAACAAGGGAUUUGUCAAGUCCGAGUUCUAUCCAGUACAAAUGACGGUUUCUAAAGGCGAGCCAUUGCCAUCGCUAUUCUCUACGCUGGAUGAGAACUUCCAUGCGACUCUCCGUCGUUCUGUCAACCAUGCGUUCUCAAUGAGCUCAUUGGUACAGUACGAGCCCAUGGUCGAUGAGACUACGGAGAUAUUCCUCGAUCAAACAAGCCGCCUCUUUGCUGAUGGAGCUACAGUGUGCGACUUUGCACGAUGGCUACAAUUCUUUGCCUUUGAUGUUAUUGGAAGCAUCACAUAUAGCAAACGCCAUGGUUUCAUCGAGAAAAACCAAGAUAUCGAUGGUAUCGUCAGUUCCCUGGCGAACAUCUUCGACUAUGCCGCCCCUGUUGGUCAGAUGCCAUGGCUAGAUAAGCUAAUCUGGAAGAAUCCAAUAUUUGAUAUUCUUCAAAAAUUGGGCUUAUGGGAUAAUUCACACCCCGUGGCCGUCUUCGCUAAGCAGCGCAUGGAAGAACGCAUGUCAGCAAAGGCUGAUCUAACGAGCUCGGUAACAAAGGACGAUCUUCUUACGAUGUUCAUCAAGGCGGGUGAAAUCCGUCCAGACUUCAUGACAAACAAACGAAUCCUUACCAUGGCCGUCUCUAUGGCCUUUGCCGGGUCCGAAACCACUGCUAUCAGCAUUGCAGCCGUGUUCUACUUUUUACUAAAGAACCCAGAGUGCAUGAAACGGCUUACGCAAGAACUUGAUGACGCCGUGGCCAAUGGUACGAUCGUGAACCGCCCAACUGGACUUGUUUCGUGGACAGAGUCGCGGCAGCUGCCCUAUCUCGAUGCCUGUAUAAAGGAAGCUUUCCGUAUGCAUCCCGCUGCAGGACUUCCUCUAGAACGUGUUGUUCCUGCGUCGGGAAUGGAGAUCUCCGGUCAUUUCAUUCGCGGUGGAACAAUUGUCGGCUGCAGCCCCUGGGUUAUUCACCGCCGUAAAGACAUUUUUGGUUCAGAUGCCGAUAUAUACAACCCAAAUAGAUGGCUGACUACUCCACCUGAUCAAUUGAAGGCUAUGGAUGGAAUGAUGCUCCAAUUCGGUGCCGGGUCGAGGACCUGCAUUGGGAAGAACAUCUCUCUUAUGGAGAUUUAUAAGAUUAUACCUAGCUUUUUGCGAAGGUUUGAGGUGCAGUUGGCAUAUCCUGACCAGGAAUGGAAAUUGUGGAAUGCAUGGUUUGUACGCCAACAUAACUUCAAGACGAUUUUUACCCCGAAAGAGAUGGUAUGA